AUGUAAACAAUGUUAUACACACAGCAGCUAGUUCGUGACGUUCGAUAACAGCGUUCGGCUAGUGUGGGAACUCAGUGCAACAAUUAUAUACAAUCUAUUUUGUAAAUUUUUAUUAUGUCCACAGCAACGAAGCCAACCAUGGUUUGUCCGCGACGUACGCACACAGCAUGGCAACAGCGGUCACCGACCGUAGUAGUGCUCGUUCGCGGCUGUUUGCAAUCAAUCUGUGUGUAACAUUAUCGUUGCUAUCCAGUGGAAAAGACAUAAACUGGUUCAUUCAUUCCGUGUGACGAUUGUAUAAUUUAUUUUCGUACCAUAUAAUUUAUGCACUCUACUUGAUCACAGUGCACAGCGGCCAAAUCUUUGGGACAGCAACCACCGAAACGCGACCUCAACAACAAUAUUCUGGCUGUCUUGUACGAUCGCGUAAUCCCUGGCUGCUAUUGUUGACACCAUGUCUAGUUACGAUGGAUAUCAACACUGGCCUCAAGCGUCCACGUCUAAUGCUGAUGAAGAUGAGUUAUCAUCUCCAGAAAUAGAACAAGACGACAGUGACGAUAAUACCGAGUCGUCCACCUCGAGUACUAGUACAUCGGCUACGAGUAGUGGUAGUACAAGUGGUAGUAGCAGUGGCAGUAGCCAGUCUGGCUCGGAUUCCGAGAGUACAAGUACUGCAGACGAGGAUGAAUCGUCGUCAUUAAAAACCGAAAUCGCUGUAGCCAACAAAACUGAACUCGUUUUACCGACUGGCGUUUGCGAGGACGAAGAAGUAUUUAAACAACUGUUUUCUGUCAAUUCAUGGGUUUGUCUAAGCGACCAGCAAAAGGAACAUUUAAAAAGUUUUCUUCCCACAUUUCCUGAAAACGAUCUAAUGGAAAAAGAGAUUACUCUUAGAAUGUUGUUCGGUGGACAAAGUUUUCGCUUUGGCGAAAAUCCUAUAAACGACUUCCACGACAAGUUGAAAAACGGACAUUUCCUUCCAGAUACCGUCAAGUUAAAAUCACUAUUGCGACGUUCUCUAAAAAGAGAAUAUAGGAGAAAUCAGCGAAUAUAUCAUUAUAAUAUGCUGUUAAAAUUAGUAUCCGGUCGUAAAAAAGUCAUCGACGAUUUGAAUGGUUUGCCUACAAUGUCGACAAAUACCGUCGGAGGAAGCAACAGUUUCGCCAUGCAUCAGCAAGUUAGGAGAAGGUAUUUUCGAGAACUUUCUGAUAUUAAACAAAAAGUCGGAGACGAUUCCGAAGACAGUUCAGAUAGCAACUAUCAAGAAGGACCUCCAGCCCGACUUAGUAAAAAACAAAGAAAACAUUUAGACGCUGUGCAAAAUUCACUAGCGACCGAGUUAGAUACAGUCACAUCUACGUUGGCCACUUACCCGGAAGGAAUAGAUUUAUCAAAAGUAGUGUUCCCGAUGAGUAAUCCGAUUGAACCCACGGAAGAUAUGUACCGGGAGAUGUUAGUGUCGCAUAAAAGGAAGCUGAAGAAAAUCGAACAAGAUCAAAAUGAGUUAUCGGUACGCCUGUUCAAUGACUCUAUCAAGUCGUCGUCAGCCUUACCGUUGACAUCUGAAAAAAAGAGAUCAGCGACUAGUGAAAGACCACGGGCGAAACGACCAAAACUGUCUAAGCAAUCACCUCUACCUUCAACUGCUGUAAAAACAGAAGAAAUACAAACUAAACCAAUUAAACAGUCUUCGCCAGGGCUGGCACCGGCGGAACCCAUAAAUAAUGUCGUUCCGUUUGUAAAAUUGGAAGUAAAAGAAGAAUCACCGCCAGAACCGACAUCGCCCCCUCGACAACUGACACCGCCGCCUCCACCACUAUCAAUGCCGUUGCCUCUGACUCCACCACCUCCCCACCACCACCACCACCACCAUCCGCCGCAACUACCACAACCACCGUCUUCGUUGCCGCUUGUACCCGAAGUAAUCAAAGAAGAAUUAUUGACAGAGGACAAUUUGAGCACCUUAAAAUUAGAAUCUUGUAUCAGUUCGAUUCAGAACAGAGACCUAGUGAAAAUUGAACAAGUAAUUGAAAAUAAUAAACCUGUCGAAGCUGUAAAAUUGACUGCGGACGAAAUACGCAAAGCCGAAGAAGGCCAGGCUGCCGCGGCUAUGCUAUUGGAACAAAUGAGCGACGUAGAAGAGAAAUACAAUCCGCCUGUAUCGCCAUCGCCGCCUCUAAAAAAGAUCACUGAAAACCACCAGUUUUGUCCGUCGAACUAUUCUGUAAAACGAGAAUUCCAUCCAGAAGACAUGUUAACCACUACAGUUCAGACUAUAAAUACCGAUUCACCGCCACGAAUGUUGCCGUCUUGUAUUCGUGCGUUAACGCCAAACGACUACAAUUCUAAACAUUUGUCCUUGUCGCCGGUGUCCACGCCUAGUAAAGUGGUCACAGACUCUAACUACGUCGGUGCGUUGUCAGAAUUGGAAGGAUUCCACGUUUUGGACAUUAAAAGCGAAUGCAAUGAAGAUUUGGGUAUCAAACCUUUACCCGAAAUGGAAAAAGUGGCACUUAGUUUUUUUGCACUAAUUCGAGAUAUAAUAUGUUCUAAUUGGGAAUACCGUAUGAACAUGUCGUCUAUAAUGAAACAUGUCCAAAACUGGACUUCGUCAUUAACAGACGAAGUGAAAAAUCCCGUUUGGUUUCAAUACUUGGAGCAAAAAACGUGGUCUAACGCUUUACAGUCGGCUAUCGGCUUUUUAGCUGGACACUUUCCUGAGUGGCAGCCAGAAGAUUUUGUUCCUUUUAUCGAGUACAAACCAAACUUAGAUACUUACCAGUGGAUCGGAGCCGGAAGAGAUUCUGAUAAUCGACUUGGAGAGUUGUGCAGAUGUUGGCUUCUCAAUUUGAAUAGUAUUAAUUCAAAAUUGAAUGGUCCGAGGGAAGACGUAAUUCCUGAUAAAAAGAUACCGAUAGCUCCGGCCGUAGAUAUUCCUACUCUCGAAUUGUCAGAAACUGACUCGUCAUUACCGCCAACUACACCGUUAGACGCUUGGAUUGUCACACCGUCCAAUUCAGACCAACGAGCUAUUUUCCAAUCACAAGAAAGACAACGGUUUUUGAAACCACACCGCUCAUUUGUUUAUCUUAUGCACGGCUACGAGUCUGUCGUUGGUCCUGUGCGGGGUAUUUACAAUUCGUCUAAUAUUCAUAAAGCUGCACGAGGUCAUUCCUUGUUGAUAGAAAAUAGACCUCAUUUUAUUUCCAUAUUAGUGUUAGUACGCGACGCAACAGCUCGAUUACCAAACGGAAUGGGAACUCGUGGUGACAUAUGUACUCUGCUUAAAGACUCUCAGUAUCUUAUGGAAGUCAAUCAAUCGGAAUUACACAAUGCCGUUAGUGGGGCUUUGGACAGACUGCAUUAUGAGCACGACCCGUGUGUCAAGUACGAUCCAAAGCGAAAAAUAUGGAUUUACCUUCAUAGGGGUCGAUCGGUUGAAGAAUUUGAACGAUUACAUUUGGAGCAGCAAGGAGCCGUUAAAACAAAAUGUUGGCGAAGAAGUAAGCCUGUGAAAAAGUCACCUGAACCAAAGGUCACUACGGCUAAUCAAAAAUCAUUGUCCACUGCGUUCACCGACUCUUUGUCAAUGUUAGACUGUCCUACGAGUUCGACGUCGGACUCUUUGCCAAGCUCUAGUACCUCGCCGGUGAUGUGCGACUUGGCAGUGUCGGUGGCCGAAGAAGUAGUGACCAGUUCAGAAGGAAUUAGAAAACCCAAUGUAGUAGUUAGUAAACCUCCUAAAAUUAUCAGGGGACGAAAAGCACCAAUGCAGACAACGCAAACGGUGCAAACGCCCGAUAACAUUGCCCACGACAUAAGUUUGGAAUGCUCGGCUGCUAAUAGAAACAACGCUGAAAUUCAUCAACGUCUUUCGGUGCCGUCUGCCAGCGGUAUCGCUACAGCGGCCACUACCAGUGCUAACAACCUAGUUACAGCAGUUUCCAGUAAUGCAGGCAGUGUUUCCUCCAUGCCAGCUAUUACCACUUCUGGUAAUAUAAAAAUUGCAAACACUCAAACGGUCGUCGUAAAUAAUGGCCAAAUCAUCAACAUAAACCAGACGGUAAGCAGCAAUAAUCAAACAAUCGUACACAGCCGUCAAGUUGUCGCCAAUAACCUAACUCAGAAACACGCUAUCUCGUCGGGCGACUUCAUAGCGAUAAGUCCCAGGAAAAAGGCUGUAAAAAAUGUUCAACUCACUCAGCCUCUAACCAUUGGAACGACGAGCGGUUCAACGAAUUUCCAACAUGACCAUCUCUCUAUAGCCAAACCACCUCAGAAUAAAGAACCUCAGCGACAGAUAUUAGUUUUGAAACAAAAGCGGUCCGAUCAGACAGAUCAGGCUGUUUCCGAACACCGAGGAAAUAUUCAAAUAAGCCAGUUUGACGCAAUCGCAAAACAUCAACCCAUACAACAGUUGAUCCAACUACAGCAACAACAACAAAAGUUGCAAAAACAACAACAACAAAUGCAGCAGCUGAAGUUGCUACAGCAUAAACAGCUUCAACAACAAGUGCUGCAACACAACAAACAACAAGUGAUCAUUAAAAAGUCCGAAGUUGACGACAAAGCCGAAUCUGGCGACGGUGGUGAACAUCCACAGGUGAUUUUCGUAAAACAAGGAUUGAGAGGCAACCAUUCGGAACCUCAGCAGAUCACGCAGCAGCAAUUGCAGCAGUUGUUGAUGAGAUCGCAACAGCAGACCGGUCAACAGACGCAGGUAGUGAUGGUCAAGCAGCAAGGGAAUGAACAAAAAUCCAUUGCCUUAAAGCCAAUACUGACUUCGCUCCACGGUACGAAAGUCCAACAGAAUACGCCUAAAGCCACAGCAAACAUGUUAUUACAAGCCACCAAACAGACUGGUCAAACUGUGCAGAGACGAAUUGCCAAACCGUUUGUUGGCAAGUUUUUGUCAAAUCCAAGAGCGCAGUUGCCCGUUGAAACGGUUUUGGCUAAUAGAAAGUUAACUGGAGUUAGCCAAGGUACUUCAUUACGAAUAUCUGGCGUUCAAACUUCAAAAGGCGCCCAACCUCAGUACACCGUCGUCACGGUCGCACAACCCAAACUCAUGCCUUCGAAUCAGCUAACGAUCGGACAGCAAAUGCCUACUCGGUUAACGUCCAUAAACGAACGCUUAAAGCCCAACGUCGACACCAGUCAGCCUCAGACUUUGCGCGUAGUUCAGUCGCAGAUUGGUGGAAAAUCUUUAAUAGUGACCAACAAGGGUCAACCAACGUCUCCUCUUACAAGUGUUUCGUCGUCGGCCAAUAUGGUAAACUCGGCCGUAGUGAAUUCAACGGCCAACACGUACACUGUGUUACAACAAGGUUCGCAACAGAUACUUGUGCCAGCUGGUUCGUUGAAGUCGAUCCAAGGACUCAAAGUGAUACCGCUUGCGCAACACGGCGUUAAAGGGAGAUCGCAAAUGUUUGCACGAAUUGUGAACCCGGACAAUGUGAGGCCCGUGUUUAUUCAACAGCAAUCGUCGAGUCAGGAUAGCGGACAAUGUCCAAGCAAAUCAAAUAGUUGAAACCCGCCAAUCGGUUCCUAUACAUAUAUAUUAUAUUCUUUUUUUUUUUUUGUAUAAAAUGCCGUAACAAAACAUUGUGAUGACUUAUAACUCUAAAAAUAUUAUGUUUAAUUAAAGGCUAUGAAGUCUACUUAGUGUAUACGUAGUCUGAUCGUUACCUAUUUUAUUUGUUCGUUUUGUAUUUAUUUCCUUUUUUAUUAUUUGCUUCAAUAAACUUUAUUCAAACAUGA